UUAGGCUAAGAUACUGUUUAUAUAUCAAAUUGGAAAAUUACAUUAAUACCCUUUAACCAGAGGAUAAAAAAGAAAAAAAGAAAAAACAUGCAACAAAACGAUUUGUCAAAAAUUGUGUCUCUCUCGCAGGAUAAUAUUAUCAUUAGUAGUAUGAUGUCCGUUCAGAAGUAACUAACUUUCGAAAUGGUAUCUAAUUUAAGAAUCAAAAAACCGAAAAGCCCGCCAAGAGCUUCAAGGCCAUCAAACAACCAAACAAUAUCAGAUUUCAUGAAAAUUAGGGUUAGGGUUUCGUUCUCUUCUCGCCCUCGUUAAUUUUUCAAAAUUGCAACUUUCUCUCCAUCAACAAAAAGAACAAGGUAAAAAACGAACAAUAAUAAAUAACUAAAUAAAAGAAGAAAAAAAAAACAAAUCCAAAUAAAAAAUCCAGUUUCUUUUAUAUAUCCAAAACCCUGGAAGCCCUAGUUUUCUGGGGUGAAUUACAGGAAGUAAAUGGUGAUGGAUGGAGAAGUAGAAGAAAACGGGGGAGAAGAAGGAGGCCGGGGAAUUGAAAUUGAAAUUGAAAUUGCAAUUGAAUCUGAAUCCAAUGCAUCAAGUCCAAGAGAAGAAACUGAUAUUCUUCAACAAAUAUCAAACCUGGUUGAAUCUGUUGCUCAGCUUGGAGAUUAUCGAAGAGCGCACAGGAAAGAUUGUUUUAGCCUAGUUAGGCGUAUGAAACUUCUAUUGCCAUUUCUAGAGGAGCUUCGGGACCUCGACGCGCCAAGUCCGGACAAGGGCAUUACUUGUUUGAGUAGUUUGAAGAAAGCAUUUAUUUUGGCCGAGAAGCUGCUAAAAUUAUGCAAUGAGGGAAGCAAGAUCAAUCUGGCUGUGGAGAGCGAGGCGGUUAUGGUCAAAUUUCGAAAGGUGAAUGAUAAAUUAUACCAAGCUCUGAAUUCUGUGCCUUAUGAUGAACUUGGGAUUUCUGAUGAGGUGAAAGAACAGAUGGAGCUCAUGCGAAUGCAGCUUAAACGAGCAAAGGGGAGAACAGAUACACAGGAUAUAGAACUUGCAAUGGAUAUGAUGGUGGUACUCUCCAAAGAGGAUGACAGGAAUGCUGACAGUGCUAUAAUAGAAAGACUAGCGAAAAAGCUGGAGUUACAUACUGUGGAAGAUCUUAAUAAUGAAACAAUAGCCAUAAGGAAUCUUGUUAAACAAAGAGGAGGCCACAUUUCAGAGAAUAUCCAGCAGAUCAUCGAUCUUCUGAACAAAUUCCAACAGAUUAUAGGAAUGGAAGUUACUGAUUUUCAGGAUAAUCCUGUCAUGCAUAGAACAUUGGAGAAGUGUCCAUCUUUAGUUAUUCCCCAUGAAUUCCUCUGUCCAAUCACACUCGAGAUAAUGACAGAUCCAGUCAUUAUUGCGUCUGGACAGACAUAUGAAAGAGAAAGCAUACAGAAGUGGUUUAUUUCCAAUCACCGGACCUGUCCAAAGACAAGACAAACUUUGGCUCACCUGUCGGUUGCCCCAAAUUAUGCCCUUAAAAACCUAAUCUUGCAGUGGUGUGAAGAGAACAAUUUUCACCUCUCUACAAAAAAUAGUUCUGCAUCCUCUGAAAGCUUCUCUGAUCUCAGUGAGGAAAUCCUCUCUUUGGUUCAUGACCUAUCAUCUAGUCAGUUGGAAGUGCAGAGAAAAUCUGUGAAGAAGAUCAGAAUGCUCUCUAAAGAGAAUCCUGAGAACAGAAUUGCAAUUGCCAACCAUGGAGGUAUCCCACCAUUAGUUCAGAUUCUGUCCUAUCCAGACUCUAAAAUACAAGAACAUGCAGUAACAGCUUUGUUGAAUUUAUCAAUUGAUGAGACUAAUAAGAGACUCAUAGCUAGAGAAGGAGCCGUUCCGGCUAUCAUAGAAGUUUUGCGUAGUGGAAGUGUCGAGGGCAGAGAGAACUCUGCAGCAGCAUUAUUCAGCUUAUCAAUGCUUGACGAGAACAAGGUAACCAUUGGCCUAUCGGAUGGCAUCCCGCCAUUAGUGAACUUGUUAGAGAAUGGCACAGUAAGAGGCAAAAAAGAUGCUGCUACUGCAUUGUUUAACUUGUCGCUCAACCAUUUGAAUAAGGCUAGAGCUAUAGAUGCUGGCAUUAUUACACCUCUACUCCAGUUGCUCGAGGACAUAAACUUGGGUAUGGUUGAUGAGGCACUCUCCAUCUUUCUACUUCUUUCAUCACAUCCAGAUGGGCGGAGUGCGAUUGGGCAGCUAUCGUUCAUCGAAACACUUGUAGAAUUCAUCAAAGAUGGCACCCCAAAGAACAAGGAAUGUGCAACAUCAGUACUCCUUGAGCUGGGGUCGAAUAACUCGUCUUUCAUACUUGCAGCACUUCAGUUUGGUGUAUAUGAGCAUUUAGUUGAGAUCGCCAACAGUGGAACCAAUAGAGCGCAGAGAAAGGCAAAUGCUCUUAUGCAACUUAUGAGCAAGACUGAGCAAAUUUGAGACAUAAACUCAAGUUUCUCAAUACUAAUCUCUCUGACCAUGUUAAAUUGAGGCUGUAAAGAUUUUAACCCUUGAUUGUUUAUCCACAUGAUUCUCUAUACUUUUCUUUUGUUUCCGAGUGUCCAGGCAGAUUGCUGUUUAUGUACUCUCUGAAUGAAUGUAGCUCAUUUUUUUGCA